AAAUGCCAGAAAAUGUAGAAUUGUUGAAGUCAAAUGGCUAUAAUACCACACACUGAAUGGUGUAAAAGAUCUGAAGUUACACAGAAUCAUCAAGAAGCGAGCGUGAAAAGGCCGAUUAGUUUGUACAGUUUCAUGACAAAGAUAUUGGAUAUCGCAUGCUAAAUGUUUAAAACUCAAGGUUAAGGCACCACACCAACUCCAUUGGAAUGUUAAAGUCAUCGCUAAAAAAUCCGAUCCUAGAUCUCAGACUCAUCAAUAACAAAAUACCGAAGAUUUUAAGGCAUGAAAAGUUGGAGAAAAAGUUUUUCAAGGUCUGUCUAAUUAUUUUUUGAAAAUGAAGUCUCUAGUUGAUGGUUAAAACAUGGAGUGAAGAUGAAGAUUCACGAAGACUCUUGGCCUUCCUUAAUCUUAUAAAGGCCCUUUCGUUAAAAAAAGAAUGCGCCGGCUUGUGUAUCAAACUUAUGUUUGUGGCCUUUGUUAGAAAUUGUAAAUUCGUCUUGGCGUCAAACAUUGCUCAGAUCAACUUGAUGCGUGAGUGCCUCUUGGAACUUUUCGGUAAGAAUCUGGACGAUGCAUACGUACAUGCCUUUGUCUACACUCGACAACUCGCGAUAACGCUAAGAAAGGCAUAUACUUCUAAGAAUAAAGUGAGUUUGUUAGUCGGUGAUUUUAGUCGCAUUUCGCUUUCCUCUUGUAGUUCGUCUAACAUGUUUUUGCUUCCGAUUAACGUAAAUUAUGUUUCGAAAAGUGAUGCUCAAUAGAAUUGAUUUAUGGCAUCACAUUUACUAUCAAUGAGGCUUAUUUAAAAUGGACGAGCAAAUAUUUUUAAGUAAAUAUUCUCAUUCACUGAAGUUUUUACCUGUAACGGCUGAAGAACUUUUGGCUUGCCUCGUUCCUGAAAAUAUGAAUCGGUUUUCCGGCCAUUCAUGUAGGUAGCUUGGUAUAUUGUAAAUCAUUUCUCCAGUUGAACUAGUUGCUGUCUUGCGAUCAAUAUUACCUGAAUGUCUGUGUAAUGUUGCUUGUCGUGAAACUAGUUUUAUUUCGCAUUAUUGUUUGUAGAGUUUUACUAUGUCCAUUUUUAGCAAGAGGUAACACUUUGUAUUUAUUUCCAGGAAGAUAUCCAGUCUGUAGCUAACUGGCAGUUUGUUUGUAGCCUUCGUUUAUGGUGCGAUUUCGCCUCAAAAUACGCAGAUGUCCAUGCUUUAGUAAAGUCACUUAUUCAUCCACUAAGCCAACUGGUAUAUGGAACAAUCAAGUUAAAUAAAGGUCAACGUUGGUUACCGUUGCACUUUCAUUGCAUUUCUAUGCUUCAUAACAUGGCUGGAGUUCCUGUUCUAUGCGAAGCAAACUUGUCAGAAGGGAAGCAAACGUUGAUGGAAAAUAACGAUCUUCGGCUGCCACUAACUGGCAGAGCUUUAUCUGCAGAUAAUCGUUUAUUAAUACCUACUUUACCAAUAUUGCUAGAUGUAUUUCAACUAGUUAACUUUAAUCAACGAUCUGGACGUGUAUCAAAUGCUCCUUUAGAUUUACGCUUGUUGCUUCACUUUACACCUAGUCAACUACGUGAAACCGCAUCAAAUGAUGCCAUUAUUAGUUGGGUAUUUGAUUUAUUAGCAGAAUGUAUGGCAUUACAUGCAAAUUCAAUUGUUUUUCCAGAGUAUUCACUGCCUUUGGUCACUGAAGUAAAACAAUUCUUACAUGUUUGUCGUGUAGCCAGUUUUUGUAGACAGAUGAAAGCUUUAAUGAUUAAAGUACGCGAACAUUCAGAAUGGAUUAUUAAAUGUCGAAGGCGUGUUCGGAAUUUAGCUAGUAAGAAUGAAAUGCUGAACAUUGAGUCGACGUGUACUUUUAUCAAUAAUUCAAACAAACUUCUACCAUUUUGGCAAUUCUAUGUACAACACAAACAAAUUCGUUUUAACGAGUUGAAUCGCUUAACUGAGAGUAAUAAAAAGGAACCUAUACCAAAUACAGAUUACAAUUUAAGUAAACGGAAAACAGAAUCUGACAGUUCCAACUCUGACUCCGAGCAUAGUGAUUCAUCCUAUGAUAUUGAUGAUGGUAAAACAGUAACACAUGUAUCUAAGUCGAAAGUCAAGCAGAAAUCUAAAAAGGAGAAGACAAAGAAACAUGAAAAGAAGAGUGAUGUGAAUAGUAAGAACGAGGAACCUAGCAAACCUACGCUAAACACUGAUGAAAGCGAUGAGAGCGACUUUGAUUUAGAAGCUGCUUUAAUGGAUGAAGAUAAUAAAAGUGUUAAUAAUUGUGAUCUAGAUGAAUUGCCAGAUUUUGAAUUAGAAGGUGUCUCUACCGAUGAGUACAGUGAUGAAGAGGAUGAGUUAUCAAAUGAUGUUGAUAAUGACUCAGAGAAUUUCGAAGAAAAUUCUGAUAUUGAAAUGACUGAUUUAUCAAAAACUUUAGAAAUCUCUCAGAAACAACAAAAAGCAAAGACAACGAAAAAGAAAACUAACAACCAUAUAGUACCUAAACAGCUAAUGAAAACAUCUGCGAACACCACUGAAAAACCGAAAAACUCAAAAGUCAGCAAAAAACUUCCAUUAAAAUUGACUAAAAACAAACAAGAUUUUAAAAUAAAGAAAGCUGGGAUGAAAUAGAAUUUAACUAUCGGUAAAUGAUUUUCAUUCUUGAUGAUUGUACAUAGAAAUAUGUUCUGAUGAGCUCCGCCUUUUGGUAUCCUAUAUCAACCUGGGUUUACGUAUCGAGACAGUUCUCAGCGAUCAGAUCACAGUAUAUUUAUGUAGUCUCAGUACUUGGAGUCGUUCCAAAUGAGAUCCUGUCUAAGCUAUGUUCCAUGCCUUAUCAGAGGAUAUCACUCUAUGCCACAGUCUGAGACAUCCCACAACAAUAUAUUUGGUCAAACGGGC